UGUGAUACAGAGGCAUCCGUAAACGUAAAGCAGGGCUGCUGCUUGUUUGCUGCGUAGCCAAAAAUUUAUUAUUUAAAUUGUUUAACGAUUCCUUAUUUUAUUCACUUAGUCAAUUCUAAAAAUGUUGCCUACAAAAGUUUUUACUCUUGGGCGAUUCGCUCCCAGAAUAUUAAGGAUCCCUGCCAGAAAUGCGUAUUACAUUGUCAAUCCUGAACAAGAGGAUACAUGGAAAAAUAUAACGGACAAAGCUGUGGCUUCAAUGUUUUUCCAAGAGUUGUUUCGAGGAAUGGGCAUGGCAUUGACUCAUUUUUUCAGGGAACCCGCCACUAUUAAUUAUCCUUUUGAGAAAGGUCCUCUCAGUCCAAGGUUCAGGGGAGAGCACGCCUUGAGAAGAUACCCAUCUGGAGAGGAAAGAUGCAUUGCUUGCAAGCUCUGCGAGGCCAUUUGUCCAGCUCAAGCUAUUACCAUAGAGGCCGAGGAAAGGGCAGACGGAUCAAGGCGCACGACUAGAUACGAUAUUGACAUGACUAAAUGUAUAUAUUGCGGUUUCUGUCAAGAGGCAUGUCCUGUUGAUGCCAUUGUCGAGGGACCAAACUUUGAAUUUUCAACAGAAACGCACGAAGAGUUGUUGUAUAAUAAGGAAAAAUUGUUAAAUAAUGGUGACAAAUGGGAGUCGGAAAUAGCUGUUAAUUUGCAUGCAGAUCAUCUGUAUCGCUAAAAGAAAAUUUAAUCUAGUUUCCCUUGAAAUGUAAGUUGUAGAAUAAAUUCUUGUGUCAAGCAAGUA